AGCCUUUAUUAAUGAAGGACGAAGCUAUGUGUCUGAGACUUUCAAAGCAGGGUUACAGUUCCAGUGUUGUCAACAUGGCAGCAGGAAUUUCUCCCGGGACAUUUUCUGUAAAAUAUGCUGCUAAGCAAAUGAAGCGCAGAAAACGUGUACAACUAAAAUCCCAAUUACCCUCAACAAAAAGAAGACGUGUUACCCUGAAGCAGGAACGUGUAAUUGCACAGGGAGCCAAUGAAGUGUUAGAAGGGACCACUUAUGAGUCAGGUAUUGGGCAUACCACUAAUGUAGAUGUUGAGCAGUUACCUGAAGCAGUACCCCGUGGGAAAUUCGCGACUGUAUCAGCUGGCAAAGAAGCUACGGUUAUUACAUUUGACUUGGAGACAACAGACCUAAGUAAAUUUGAAUUGAUUAUUCAUCUUUGAAUGAACUUUUUGAAUGAUUACACAUUUUUUAUUUGUUGUGCCAAUAGGUCUGUGAUUAGUAAAGCAUCACCUAAAUAAGCAUCAAGUGAUACAUGUACUUAUAUAUCAUAUUGUAUGUACUUGGAUUUUAAAGCUUGAACUUUUUUUCAGUACCGGUAUGUGGAGGAAAAAUGCCACAUAUCACACAGAUUGCAGCUUCAGAUAUGGAAACAGGAAAGGGAUUCUCAACCUAUGUACUUCCAAAAGUACCAAUCUCAACUACAGCUCAACAGGUUACUGGUAUCAUAGUUAAUAAUAGUGGUACAAUGACGUUCAAUUGGAAACAAGUCCAGCCUGAAACUGUUCAGUUUGCAGUUGACAAGUUUUGUAAAUGGCCCAGUGGGUUUCCCAAUGUAUUCCUUGUAGCGCAUAAUGGAAGAAGAUUUGAUUUUCCUGUAUUUUCAUCUGCAUUGAUCAACAUCCAGUGUGAAGCACAAUUUUUCAACUGUGUAUCAGGUCUUAUUGAUAGCCUACCUGUCUUCAAGAAGGCCUUUCCUGGACAAUCGUCAUACAAGCAAGAAGAAUUAGCCAAGACCUUUUUGCACUCAUCAUAUGAAGCACACAAUGCCAUAGAAGAUGUAAAGGUCCUUGGUAAGCUUGUAUCUCACACAAAGAUGAAAAUUCAGGAACUUGCUAGGUUCAGUUUCCCACCAUCAGCAGUCCACAAUCUACUUCUCUUCAACAAAGAAAAGGCCAAACAUAUCAAAACACUCCAUUCUCUCUUAGCCCAAGGUGUCAUGAAAAUGUCAAU